AUGUUGAUAGUCACUCUCCUAGCCCUUCUCUGUGCCUCAGCCUCUGCCGAUGCUGCCAUUCAGGCCAGGUCUUCCUCCUAUAGUGGAGAGUAUGGAGGUGGUGGUGGAAAGCGAUUCUCUCAUUCUGGCAACCAGCUGGACGGCCCCAUCACUGCCCUCCGGGUCCGAGUCAACAAAUACUACAUCGUAGGUCUCCAGGUGCGCUAUGGCACGGUGUGGAGUGACUAUGUGGGUGGCCGCAGCGGAGACCUGGAGGAGAUCUUUCUGCACCCUGGGGAAUCAGUGAUCCAGGUUUCUGGGAAGUACAAGUCGUACCUGAAGAAGCUGGUAUUUGUGACAGACAAGGGCCGCUAUCUGCCUUUUGGGAAAGACAGUGGCACAAGUUUCAAUGCCGUCCCCUUGCACCCCAACACCGUGCUCCGCUUCAUCAGUGGCCGGUCUGGUUCCGUCAUCGAUGCCAUUGGCCUGCACUGGGAUGUUUACCCCAGUAGCUGCAGCAAAUGCUGA